ACUUCCACGUAGCCCAUCCCUGCCCCGCACCUGCCCACGCCCAUUUAGCCAGGUCAUUCAUAUUAAAUCUCCAACCCCAAGUUUCUGCGUGCUUAGGUAGGUGGAUGGAUACCUUCGCCCAGCGAGGGGAGGGAGGAGGGCCCCAGAUGUUCUCCCGUCACGGGGAGGUGUCUCCUUACGUGUGCUGCUUCUCUUUUCUUAAACUCCAAGAGCAGAAGCCAUUCUCUAAUCUGGAAACCCAGUUCCUUGACCUGUUGGCUCUUGGUCCCUGCCCUCUUUAUUUAUUGAAUUUGAAAUUUCCAGCCAGUAGUGGUGAAAUCGCUGGAGCUGAGUACCCGGUUGGUGGGAGGGGUGAGAGAAAUUUGCAGAUAGGGGAAAAUAAAGUCCCAAUUUACAGGAACACCUCUUCCUAGCCAGCUGGACUCACUACGGCCCGGAUUUCUUCCCGAUUGGAGUAAGAGGGGGCUACAGACCCGCUCGACUGCGCCAAGUGGUUCGGGCUCCAGAACCCAACCCCACCCACGGGUCCUCUGUUCUCACUUUUCGUUUUUUCCCCCAGCAAUACCAGCUCUGGGGCUCCGGGGGGCAAGUUCCUUCCCUUCCUGGUGUGCCCCUAGGCCCUGCCCUAAGCUUGCACCCCCGGCCGAUUCUCCAGAUCUCUUUGGACACCUCUCUCUAGAGCCCCGGGCUCCCCUUGGCGCCCAGAGAAGCGUGCUUGGGCCCGGGUGCCAGGCAGGGUGGCCGCGGGCGCCUCCUCGGCGCGGGCGGCGGCCCUUGGCUGGCCGGAGGCGGGGGUCGGGGGGCUGCUCCCUGCAGAGAAGAGGGUGGGCUCGCGGCACCUGCUGAGCUGCCGCCGCCGCUUCGGCUCAUGGCGCCGAAGGAUCCACCCGGAUCUUCUCCGCAGAGUUCCGGGCUUGGGUCGUUUUGUAGUCAGCACGCACACAGCUUUUUAAAUUUAUUUUUUAUUUUUCGCCGAGGGUGGCGGGGGGUUGAGGGGGAGUCAGGGUUGGCCAGCCCAGCCUCAACACGAGGGAGGGGGUGGCGGUGCGGACAGUGGGCUGCAAGCGGUCACCGAGGUCAACAGCCCAUUAGCAUUGCCCCACCCGGGCGCCGCGACCUCGCGAGGGCACGGGGCAUGCGGAAUAGGGGGGGCACAGACAGAGAGCGCCCUCCUGGUACUGGCCCCUUGUCACCCUCCACUCCCCGCCCCCUCCUCUGGCAGGUAACCGCCCCUCCCCCUCCCCUCUCGCCCCCCGCUGCGGCCCCAUUAUUCCCCGGUGCCCACGAGGGUCCGGGCGCCCGGGUGGAGAGUGCCCGGACGCGGAAGGGAGCGGGGCUGCGGGCCGGCCGCGGAGCCCGCCCCCCGCCCGUGGUAGCGUGGCGACUGGCGCCGCUUUGGCAGCCAUUUUCUGCAGCUGCCGCGGCCGGGGCUCUGCAGAGUGAGGCGGAGGCUGCAGCCGCCAGACAGAGGCGGCGGGGCCAGAGGGGCGCGGGGUCAUCGGCGGGGGGGGCGCAUUCGGUGGCCGGGGCGGGGGCGGGGGGCUCGCAGUGUCGCCACCGCCUCCCGCCCCUCCCCCUGCUGCAUUGCAGGCAGAGCGGGGCCGCUCCGCGUGGCGAGCGCCUGCGAUCCCACCCUUUCCCCGCCAUCUUGUACCCGGGCUGGCGCCUUCCCAAAGAGGAGCCGCGGCAGACAAAGCCCGCCCCGGGCCCGCGGGGGCCCCUGCAGCCCACCCGGGCUGGGCGGCCUGGGGGCUCCGGGGCCCGCGCCCUCGCCCCGCCCCUCCCUGGGAGCCCGCACAGCCCCUCCCAAGGGGGGGGCUUCUCGUGCGACGGCCACUCGCCUAGCCCUAGAGGGUCAGCAAGGACCUCUUCCACCUCGGUUGCCGGGCUGGACCCGCGCCUUCGCCGCAGCCCACCCUGGUUGCGGGAAGGGGGGUGGGGUCCUCCGCAGGCUGGGCGGGUGACAAGAGCUGGGUGUUCUUCUAGCCUCGAGUUCCUUCUCUUUUCUACUUGGGUUGGUUGGGGGGGGGGUGUCACUAAUCCUCGAGCCCCCACUGACCUCGUGUAGUGCCCACCUCACGCCCCCGUUUUCCCCCUAGGAACCUCAAAGAAGACCGCAGCGUGGGCGGCUCUCUAGACCCCCCGAGCUGCCCAGCAGCUGCUGCAAACGCGAGAUUCAGCGCUCCAUUUUUCUGGGAUGGCAGUGCUGUCGCCCCAAACCCCCAGCUUGCUGCUCAGCCCCUUCCUUCACCGCCCCUGCACAGGACUUCCUGACCUGGGGGGUUUAUGAUGUGUGUGUGGUGAAGGUGAGGCACCCCUUCCUCACCCCUGAGACCGAGGGAGAAUCUGGCUCCUGGCAGCCUACUCCAUCAAGUGCCACACUGUUCCUAGGUAGAGAAUUUUCUCCCUGAAGACUCCAUUUUCUCGUCCCCAAGUCCCCAGCCCCUGGGGAUGAGGUGGGGGCACCCAAGGUCUCCAACCACUGGUUGAUUUCUCCCGACUGCACGUCCUAGGUUGGGAGGGAGCGGGUGGACAUCGGCUUCUGCACCCUCCUUUCCUUUCCACGCGACUCCCUAGGGGUUCUGAGUCCCCAUCUCCCGGUGCAUGCAGACCCCCAGGAGUGUCUGACUGGAAAAGAUGGUGAUGGAUGAGGAAGCAGGCUGGGAGAGGGGAGUGUCCUGUGCAUGGUCUUUCAGGGUCUCCUUCGAGGAUGGAAAACAAAGCAUCCCAGGGUGGCCUUGCCAACGCCGCUGGCGGGGCUCAAUCCUCCCCCACCAAUGCCUGCCAGCCCGCGUGGAUUCCGAGCCCGGCUCCGGAAACCAGUCUGACCACUUCGCCCAUUUCCCAAGCCUCCCCGGGCGGCAGGCGGCCCGCUCCCAGGGUGGGGUGAACCCGGCUCGUUCGCAGCCUCCGCUGCUCCAGCGACGAAUGGAUUUGCCCAGAAGGCUACCGUCAAAGGGACACACCUGGUCACACUCUGGGGGCUUCCAGGUUGCUCCCCUCCCUGUCUUCCCCCAUUGUGAAAACUCCACGUGGUUGGAAACUCCACUCCCGGGCCUCAUCGCUGUUCACUUGCUGGGUCAGUCGCUGGCCCGGACAAUCCAGGCGAAGAGCCGCCUCCAGACCUGCCCCGGGCACACUGUUCCGGACUCGGCUGCCCUGGGGGCGCUUACAAUCAGGUCGGGACACCGAAUUGAGCCCUAGGAUUGAAUGUCAAUCCUUUAGAAAGUGGCUAUUAGGUGGGAUCACAGUGUUGCCCCAUGCGACCGAGGACGCAAAAGAAGGACAGCAGACCUCGAGGGAACCGCGGGCGGGAAAAGCCAGAGCAGUCCCACCGAAGUGGGAGGGUGGACAUGUGGCACCGAAGCCUGCCCGGCGCAAAUGUUUCAAAGGCUUCACCGACAAUUCACCAGGAUGCCCCCAAGAAAGCAGCUGCGCCCCCACGUCCAGCCCCCGGGUCAUGUCGAUGGGAACCCCCUAGAGGACAGGGCUCCAGCUGCCCCGGUCCCACCCGCCACGGGGCGACGGCGCUGGAGCGCGCCAGCUGACCCCCAGCCGGGGGCAGGGAUGGUGGGUGGCGGCUGGCCUGCGGUCUCUCCCGGGUGCGGAGCUGCGAGGCGUCGGCCGCGGGGGCGAGGAGGGAAGAUGGCCGGCCGCCAGCGUCGUCCGCCGGGUCGGGGCCGCGGAAGGGCAGACAGGCAUGCCAGGUGGAGGGGCGCCACUCCCCAGCUUUGUCGAGCGGCCCCGGCUACUCCUAAUGCCGGGCUGGGGCAGGCGGAGCCAGCUAUGCCGAGUCAGCAGGGUCGAGGUGCGGCCGGUGCGUUCCUUCCCCGAGCCCCGCCCCUUCCCAUCCCCAUCGCGCUUUUUUAGGGGGAAGGAGAGGGCAAUCAAAACCCAACCGCAGUGUUGGGGUCGUGCUUGGGUGUCCUCCGGGAUAAGCCCACCCCUCCCUACUCCAAGAUGCUUCCCCUCCCCCAUUGCAGUUAACCUGGGGAAGGGGCUCAAGCAGAGCUAUCUGCCCUGAGAGCAUCUCCCGCCUCUCCACAACCGGCGUCGUAGCUGGCUUAUUCUUUCUAGAUCCAUCCGAAAGGUUUAAAAAAAGAAGGUGGGAAUAGGGUGGGGGUGGGGUGGGGUAUGGGAAGAACCAGGAAAAUGUACUAGUUACUCUUUCACUCCAGGCUAGACAGAGGCUGUCUCCUUUCUGAAAGCGUGGGGUGUGUGUGUGUGUGUGCGCGCGCGCGCGCACGCGCGCGUGUGUGUAGGAGCCAAGGGCAAAGGUACAGGUCAGGUUCAACAGACCGCGGCAGAGUGAGGUUGGGGGUCAGCCCCAUUGGCGGGGGGGACCCUCCUGCCAAGGCUCGGUCCCCAGAGCUCCCAGCACUUGGAUCCCUGCCUGCCCCUGGGGGCGCAGCCCAGAAGAAACAGGAGGAAGCUUCAGAGAAGGUGGAUUUAAACUCUACGGGUUGCUAACAGAGGAGCAGGCAACAAUUAGCAACCCCUAGAGUUUGGCAGAGCAGGAUGCUUGGGACUGGUAGGCCCGCAGUGCUAUCAUGGGAAGUCAUGGAGCAAUUCCUGCUUAGGUUUGAGGGUGACCUGAAUGACCUCUAGGGUUUCCACCUAUAAGAUUCCAGGGAACAGACGAAACAGAACCAUGGCCCCCAACUGGGCACAAUUCUGUUGGAGCUGAAUUUCCCCAGGCCUCCCAGUUCCCUGUCUAUAGGCUGGGACCAUGGCAGGACCCUAUGAAAUACCAUGGGAAGUGCCUGGUACUUAGUAGUGCCCUGAUUAUAAAAGCAGAGGAAAGGUUAGUCUUUAAUUUGCAUCUUAGUGUUGAUGCCGUUAUGGUUCUCUUUGCCAUUAUGAUUAUAGAGAUGCUUCCUCAAAUGCACCUCUGUUCCCAGCACUAUCCUAGGCCCUGCACCAAGGGCAUGAAGGAGGUGCCCACGAGCCUAUGAAGUCCCAUGUGUCACUAGAGUGGAGGCAGCAGCAGUUAGAAACUGGUAUCUCCAAGAAUGGACUUCCUCCCUCUCUCCCAUCCACCUCCUCUCCUUGGUAGGGGAAUGUCCAGAUAAAGUGC